AUGUCCAACGGCAAACAUGUAAGUGUUUGCUUAACGUAGACGCAGCAGCCCCACCACGGCUAUCUUGGCGAUCAUUUCGAAUGCAAUUGUAGCCUAGAAGAGAGAGUUCGGAGUCAGCUACUGAGGCUGAUGCGCACGUCUCAGUUACUAAAACAAUAUCAGGACAAUGGACGAAAACCUGAGUCUGAAGCAAAGGCAUCUUAUUAAGCAAGGAUCUGGCAUUUAAAACAAAAAGUUUGAAGGGAAAGGCCGUUAGUUUUUGAGGGAGGUGGGCUACAUCGUCCAGUUCUGGGUCGCCCACGGAGCAAACGCUCCGGAUGCAACCAUCCGGUUCUGCAAAAAAUUUUUGGCAUCAAAAAAUUCUGACGUGGAUAAAAAAGGGGAGGACUUGGGGGAGGGAAUGACGGGCAGGUAAACUGGUAACUAUUGUUAGCUAACUUAUUUUCAGCUGGAAAUCCGCGGGGCAGAUACCGCAACGUAUUCCCGCCGGGACGACACUGAGGAUCGGAUGAAUUAACUGAUUCAGUAUGGACAUUAUCAUGAGGAAUAAAUUGGUAAAACGGCCGUGGAGGAAACAAGUUAGGGGGUGGGGGAUGCAUUGUUUCCAUUGGAACAAUAGGUCUAUUAAACGGUGGGAAAAUCGGCAUAUUCGGCCUAACUGCCUUGAUAUGAGGGCUGGGGGGCAGUUGCGAACCCGCUACGUUUUGAGUCGGGGUAUUUGAGGCACUGUUCGCCGAUUGGGGAGGAAAACAUUUUAUACUGGUGCUGGAUUUAUUGGGUGUCCGAGUGGCUGAGACAGCAAUUGGAUUUGCCUUUGACUUAGGCACAUGCUUAGGCUUACUAGGGGUUGCUGAGGGAGUCGAUAGAGGCGUGUUUAUACCAGGCGUGGUGGUGUGUUUAAAGAGGUCAGCAUUAAAAGUAGUCGAACUCCCUACGGAAUUGACUAUGCCGUGACUUGCAGAUGCCGCAGGUGGUGUUGUAGAGGACAUAUUCAGACUGACAGUAGGUGUCAUUAUCUUGGUGUUGGUUUUUGCCGAUUUCAGUUUAUUCAGUCUUCGCUGCAGGGGUGUGAGGUCUGGCGAAACGGAGCAGCGCCAUUUACGGCAGAAGUCUCUAGUCAUCUCCCUACUCGACAAGAUAAAAUCGACUUCUAUCAUAGAGAAAAGGGUAACUAGUAUCGGCGCAUUACGGCUAAGCGAGCGAAGUCGCUUAGCUUGUGCGACACUAAAACUGAAACCACAACUUUGUAGGAACAAAUGCGCUCCCUCCAUAGCCGAUAAGUGGCUCGGAAUGUUUCGCAGUACGAAAUUAUGCUUGCGUUUAAUUCGUUCCUCAGUUUCCGAACUUAUUACCCCAAUAAGUUUAAAAGCUUGUUCAAGAGAGGUUCUAAAUGUACUAAAGGGAUUUGUGAGUUAAUCAGAUCUGCAGACGGCGAAGAACAUACGCUGGCGUCUGCCAUGUCUUCAGUCACGAUUUUAGCACCCAGAGACGGUGGGGAGGCCGCAAGCUUUCGCCUUUUAGCACGUGCUCUGUGGGGCAUUACAGACAAAAAAAGUUUUUCGUUACAGAAGAGGGAUCAAAACGGAAACGCGCACUGAGUAGCAAGUAGUACUGUUUUUUUUACUACGAAAACUAGAAAGCGGUAGUAGGGAAAGGAUUCACUACAAUGGAUUUUUUUACAAAAUACGACUUUUUUGCCAGACUGUCAAACAAACUGGGAAAAAAUUUUACCUUAUAUAGAAAGGCGACUUUUAAAACGGACUCAAGUAAAAAAAACAGGCAUUAAUUACUUAAGAAUAUCCAGAUAAAUGCAGAGCUUCACUUAUCUUUGAAAUUGAGCUGCGCGCGGUUGGUGUGUUAAGCAUUCGGCUGAAGGGGUCUACUGCAGAUCGGAGAAGGAGCUAUACGUUGAGGGCGAAAUUUCGUCAGCCUCAAGUCGUAACGUAGAAGUAACUAUGUCGUGGCUUGAACAACCGAGUGGGCCCAGAGAUGACAUUAAUAAAGGCAUACAACCCCUACAGAAAAUUACAUCAUGUAUUUUUAAUCCUCUGGCUGGAAAAUCGUCAACAGAACCCACAUACCAACAUCUACAUUUCCAAGUAGGUCUUCGAACUUCUAGGGCCGGAAGGCCGGGACCAGCGGACUUCCAGAAGACUGAAGUAAUCCGCAAUCAACUAGUGCUAAAAGUGUGAGUCGAACGCAGCAUAAAACGCCUGUAGGCUACAACAAUGAAAAUUUUCCCUGGCGUUCGGAAGGUGAUAGACACGGACGACGAGUAGAAUACUUAUUCUUUAGAGAACCCUAAAGCCAGCAGCUAUCGUCUGCCGCAGAAUAAUGCGGGAGUUCCAGCGGCAAAAAUGAAAGUGUUUGCCUAACGUGAGUGAAGCUUUCCCCACCACAGCUGCUUUGACUAUCGUUCCAAAUGCAAAUAUAGCUUGGAACCUAGAGAGUCGGAGUCCGAUAGGGAGGUAGUUGUCCAUGCCUCAGUUACCCAAAUAAUGUCUGGACAUAAGACGAACACUAGUAUCUGAAACGGGUUCAUCUUAAUUGGCAAGAAUCUGGCAUUUAGAACGAAAAGUUUAAUUGAACAGGCUGUGUUUCUGCCGAUGGUGAGCUGCGUAAUCCAGUGGCUGACUUUUCGCCGAAUACAGGGCUCAGAUGCACUUAUCCGGUUCUGUAAAAAAAUGCUGUGGCGUCGAAAGAGCCAGAUGUGGAUAAAGUGGAGUGGGAUUUGGGGGAGGAAAUGACGGGUAGGGAGAAUGAUUAAUAUCGUUAGCUAACUGAGUUUCUACUGGAAACCCAUAGGCAGGAUACUGUAACGCAUUCCAUCCGAGGUGCAUUUGAACGCUGGUCGGCUUCAUUGGCCCAGUAUGAACAUUUGCUCAAUAAUUCCACUGAUAGAACGACCGUGGAGGGAGCAUGUUUAGGCGGAGGGGGUGGACGGCGCAUUGCUUCGGUUGGUGCGGGAAUUUCAUUCACGGACAGAAAUGUUGGCGUAUGCAGUUUAACCGUCUAUGUGGUAGUUGGAAACACGUUGUGUUUGCGGCCGCGCAGUCUGAGGGAGUGGAGGCGAUUGUAAGGGAAAGUUUACUUUGAGAAUCUGGAUUUCUACAGUGUUCGAGUGGCUGAGAUCACACUCCUAGUCGUCUUUGGUUUAGGCACUUGCUUUGCUUUACUAGGAGUUAUUAGCGGUGUGAGAAGGGAUGUUUGCAUAAGAGAUGUGUUGUUACGUUUAAAGAUUAAAUCAUCAGCAGUAGCCGAGUCCCUACUGAUUCAACUAUGUCAGCAGCCGAGUCCCCUACGAACCUAAAUAUCUCAAUAUACGGUGAGAGUGUGGAUGGCGUUGAACAAGACUGAUUCAAAACGACAUCAGUGGGUGUUAUGUCAGUGUUGACCGUCGACCUUUUCACACUUUUGAAUCUUCUCCGCAUAGGUAUGGUGUCCAAGGAAAUUAAGCAGUUCAGUCAACGGCAGGAUUCCCUAGUUAUCUCCUUUCUCAACACGAUGGAGUCAACUUUAUUAAGGAGAAGAGAUUGCGAGGAGGCCGUGAGCUUUCUUCUUUUAGAAAGUCUCUUUCGGAGCAUUAGAAGAUACUAGACAGAUUUUUUCUUGCGGUACAGAAAUCAGUACGUUGUUAAUUUACAAAAAAUUGCAUGAAACAGAUAAUAUUACAGCCAGCUUACUAUAUUAACCAGGAAGAAGCGGCCUAACACGGCCUCAGCAAGUAAAUGCUUAGCAAGAUGCAGUAUAUUUUUCAGACCGCGUAAUAGUACAAAGAGCAAUUAUACUUGGCAAUAGAAGAGAGUUUAUGGAGAACCCAAUCAAAAAUACGCAUUUAUUGUGUAAGAACAUCGAAGUAAAGGCAGAGCUUCAGUUAUCUCUGAAAUUAGGCCGCGUGCGUUAACCCCAACCUUGACUUCCCAUCGACAACUUGGUCACUUCUCCUCCUGUAUGGGAAAAUAUUCGACGAUAACUUCCUGAUACCUUACAAAAAUAUCUAUGCGUUUUAAGCUUGCAGUCUUCGACUGAACACUGGAUCAGCGCGCUCGAAAUAAAAGGCAGGUUCUACGUCAGCAACACUGAUUCUAGGAAGGUUUUAGACAAUUACCCAUGCUUGCAUAUACGGCGGGGUCAGCGGGAGUACUAUCACGUAGUACUCCACGAACGCCACGAAGUUUCGACGUGCAACACAGAGGGCCGAUGAGGCACUGCGCCUCAGGGAAUUCGCAGUACAGGUUGGUAUUUUAAGGGGAUGUCAAAAGUGGACGAAAAGGCGGCGCCUCCUGCAUAUUUUUUCGUGGCGGGGCUAGAUCGGGUUGUCGCGUACGAUGUCUCUCAUAGCCCCAUUGAGCCCCUCGGGGUUCGAGGGAGCUAGGUGGGGCUGGUGCUGGCAGAGCGUAUAUCGAAGUUAAAUUUACAGGCCUCUCGAAACUAGAAUAAGGGGCGAGCUGAUAGCGUGCAUCGUAGGUUUCCUUACAGUAAGACCGGAAACCCUGUGUGCUCGUAUCUCAAUGUCAAUACCAUUACCAUUUUAAUAGCUGUCUCCACAGGUGUGAGACCUUGGGCCAUUGCUCCGCCUGCUCUACGUAAAGGACCGUGAUCGACAUUAGCAGUCGGGCUGCCUUGUAAAGUGGUGAUUAACGGACGGGUGACAAAUCUGUCCCCGUUGGCCAUUUUACUAUUGGUAAGAGGUGUAUAAAAUAAAAAAGUCGGUCUUUAGAUGGCUAUAUUCUUCACGGAAGUUUUAAGUAGUGAGGCUAACAAGGAAUCCACACCGCGCGUUCAAGGGCAGACCGUGUAUGCAGAGCGUGGGAGCCUCAAUGAAAAAGUACGCUGCCAGGAGCGGAAUAAGUUAAUUCUGGGUCGACGCACAAAUGGACUAUACGAACAUCAUUGCGCCCCUUUCUUCUGUAUGAUAUUUAUAUUCGUUGAUAAGCUACUCUCCUUUGUUUAAAGGAUGAUCGGCUCACUCUCAACGCCAAAUAAUCCGUCGAAGUAAUAAUAAUAACAAUUUUAAUCCAGAUCCGUGGGGGGCCGUUCAUAGGAAGUAAAAAUAACUUUUGCUUGAACUUCAGAAUUUAAGAAUAGAUGUACAGAAUCUAUGCAAUACUUAUUUCAUAGUUAUUGAAAAAGUUGUAUGUUACAAAGAAUUGUGAGGAAGCAGUGAAAAAACGAUUAACAUAAAAACAAAAUGAGUAUGACUGGAUUAACACUAUAGGAGAAAAAACUCUCGCUCCUUAAUAUAAAAAGCAUGCAGGACCGGCAUGUAUGUGACAGUGUGUAACGGAUUUAAUGAAGGGGUAAGUAGGCGGGUCAGACAGGAAUGGCCUGUAUGUGGUAUUGAGUAAAAGGUUCGAAACGAACAUCAUCAAGGCAGAAUUCAUAUGCCGGAUGAGGCCAUUCAUAUCAAAGUGGCGAAUAUAAAACCAGUCUCGAGGCGAUGGGAACCUAGAUGCGAUGGUUACAGUCGGCCGAGUCCAGUCGAGGAGGGGCAGGGGAGAUACGACCAGACUACUAGCAUAUGGCGAAUGCAGAGGGUUCCGCCAAGAACGUUGAUAGAGUACAUUCUGUGAGGACACGAUGCAUGAGCUGAAAAAUCGAAAAUAUUAGAAUUUCUGAUGAGGGAUCCUAGGACGCGAUACUACAAACAAAAGAGGGAAAUGUGAGCAGGUACGGAAAUUUGUUGGUGGCAUCCUAAAUUCCCAGUGGUCCUUUCUCAGCGUCAUAGAGAAAGCUGUCCAGGAAGGAUGAAGAAAGUAAACGUUUAAUCGAAUUAAUAUUCAGAUAAACGCGUAGUCUUCUCUUAAACGUGUGUAGAUUAUCUAAAGAUCUUACAUUUAUUGGGAGGUUAUUCCAGAGAAAAGUAUGCCUGGAAGCGGCAAAGAAGGGAGAGCAUAAAGGUGGAGGAAGCUGUGGGAGGUAUAAUCAAGGAAGAGUUGCGAAGAUUGCAUGGAAGCCUACGAGGGGUAAGUGAUGAAAUCGGAGGAAGAUUUUAACAGUUAUAAAUACAGAAGAAGAGACAGAAACCUGCUUCUAGUCUUCGAACCCAUAAAAAGUUUAGGGUAGUAAGCUGGCAUCCAUUUGAAUAGGAGAUAUUUGGAUGUUCUCUGUCUAAAGGUUUUCUACUAAAACGUCUUUGGACAUUUUCAAUUUGGGGACGACUAGCCUCGUUCAUCAAACCAAAGAAUGGGCAACGAUACUCGAGAAUGGGAAGUACAAACAUAGGAUAAUGUCUUAAUUUUCCGGAAAGUAAGAUCCUUCACGACAAAGUUGCUGCAAUCUCUAUAGAGCUGGAGCCGAGCUCUCGAUGCCGGGCAUGCCGCGCACAUAGCCUUCGUCGACUUCCAAUAGGCGUUUGACGCUCUUCCACACCAGAUGCUCUUACAUAAACUAAAAAAAUAGGGCUCGGGGGCAACUGCCUUAAAUGGAUCGAAAACUUCCUUGUGAGUCGAUACCAGGUUGGGUGCAUCGUUCAAGGGAAAUCAGAUCCUGCUAGGGUCUAGAGUGGUGUCGCCCAGAGUUCGGUAUUGGGACCAGUUUUGUUCCUUAUAUACGGAGACGAUGCCGCAAGAGCUUUAGGCUGCGAAGUAGCAGUGUUUUCCGAUGAUAUGAAGACAUGGAGUGUAUUUUAGGGUCCUGCCAAUGAAGACAGAAUACAGGUGAAACUAAAUCACUUGGGGGAGUUGUCCAACCGUUGGCUCCUGCGGUUCAACGUUGGUAAAUGUAGCAUUCUUCGCCUAGACAACACAGCCGGACCAGCCAGCACUUUCUGGGCGGUGCAGCCCUACAAGAGGUCGAAGCCCAAAUGGACCUCGGUGUGCAAAAAGCGCAAUGCCCGUACAGUACGCAGUCAAGCGUGCGCUUACGGAUUUUGACGAAAAUGCUUUCCCAAGGACAUUCGGAACAUUUGUCUGGCCGCAUUUGGAGUACGGCAUACAAGCCUGCAGACCGUGGACGGUUAAAGAUAAAAACUGCCUUUAAAGAGUUCAGAGGAGAGCCACGAAGAUGGUUAGGGGUCCAAGUUCCUUUCUUAUGUAACCCGCCUAGUAAAUCUGAUCCUCUUCCCUUUAAGUUACAGACAACUUCGGGGGAUAUCUUGCAAGUAUUCCGCAUUGUAAAGCGGUUGGAUUGGAGUCUGGCCUACGAGGACGUUUUUCAAUUCGCUACUACGAUCAAAAUCCGAGGUCACCCGUUAAAACUGCGUACUCAGCAGGCAAGGCUUGAUGUGUGGAAGUCCUCCUUCUCUGUUGGAGUGGUCAAACCAUGGAAUGCCCUUCCCGCAGACGCUGUGAUGUCACCAUCAAUACAAAGUUUUAAAAAGAAUCCUGACGUAUUUAUGUCCAAAAUGAUCAAGAGCGAUGAGAAGUCGAGCUCACGUGCCGUAACUCGUUCCCAUUUUGUCCUACGCUUAUGGGCGUGUUUAAACUAUUUCAGCCCAAAAAUUUUCUGUAUACCACACAUUUUUACCCUGUAAAUAGGUUACUCAAAGGCCUACGCUUAUUUCCCUCAAUACAGUGAACUGAACGGAACUUAAUUCAAUUUCGGGAAGAUAGAAAUUGUAAAAAAUAAAACCAUCUAUCUGGGCGGCUUUGGCUGUAAUUCUGUCAGCGUGCGGCGAGAGAUCAAAAGUAUUUGCGUAGUUUAAACCCAAAUCGUUGAUGGUGGUACAGUCAGUCAUUGGUGUGCCUUGAAAGACCACUGGAUGGAGUAGCCUAUCAGGUCCAAAACACAUACAACGACAUUUAGACGGUAAGAAUUCCAUUAGCCAUCUUGAGCUCCAAGCUGACAGAGCAAGCAAACGUCGUAGCAUGCAAAUACAAGGAAUUCAGUCAAUUCUUAAGAUUUUGUAAGGCAUUGAGCGUUUAAGUCGUAUCACAAUGAGAUGCACUGAAGCAUCCAUUUGAGCGCGAAACCGGAGAAGGCAUUAACCUUCGAACUUUGUCGAAGUAUGGCUGGACUACGGUAAACCGACUUAUAAACUGGUACGUCUGUUUGAGGCACAAUAGAUCAAAAAUAGUCUACAACGGAUCUCAUUAUUGGCCACGUAACCCCAACGAGGAGAACAUGGUAACGUACCUGAAAUGAGUUACUCUUUACUUUUGUAUGCGACAGUCAAUUCCAUGAAUCGUGCUGGGGUAACAUGGCCUUUUUGUCCUCGAGCCUGACUCCUCUGUAGAUACUUCGCGCUCUUGAUUUACAGCAUCACCAGACCGCCUUCGUUUUUUGCACUCAACAGAGUAUCCGCCGCAACACAUAGGUUGUUUGACUUCAACAUAACGUCUCCCCUACUAUGAUAUCGUGUGCAAACAUAUCCACUCGGAACUCGAUUUUUGGACUUCCUUACUGACUCUUUAUAAUAACCGCAAAUCAUACUGACGAUACUAUGAAAACUUGUGACAAUGCUUAUGAAAUUGAAAAAUUACAGAUUUUUAAAUUGCUUGAAUUAUCCCGGGUAUUACAAAUAUUGACCUUGAUCUUCGGUUUAAUUUUUGAUGUUUUGCCAUCCAGAACGACUUCUUAGCCAUAGUUAUUUGUGUCUGUUAUUACUCCACGGUGGGUGUCAAGGCAUAAGAUUAAAUACUCUAAAAGAGGACUUCCUUUGGGACUGACCAAUGCCCGGAUCGUCUGCUGCUUAAGACAUAGAAACCGUCUUAGACAACUAUAGUGAUUUGGCUUCUGUUGGUCGGCUGAUUGGCUCUGCCUGACCCCCCCGCCCAUCCCCGCGGGUUAGACGGUGUUAUAACGCACCUAUAGGCGGGCCUGAUGUUUGCGGGGUAUGAUCAUUGAAUCAUAUGAUCCGAAGUAUGUACGUGUAUAUGAAAGUAAAUGCAUUUACUUGCAAAAACGACAAUUAAAAAGUGCCCUCUUGCGCAUUUUUUUCGAUGAGGGGACCAGAGAGGACCACAUCGGGGAUAUGCCCCGCCACAGUCCCCUCUCCAGCCCUUCAUAGCCCCCUCUAGCCCCGUCAUAGCCCCCUCACGAGGUGGGGCACGAGGGGGCUGGUGCUGGCAGGGUGUAUACAUUUACUUGUAAAUGUGAAAGACGUCGUGCCCAUACGCCCAAUCGAGUUGACUACAUUUAAAACGCGAUUCGAGAGGGAUGCGCAUUGUCUUCGUCCUUCUAUGAGUUAAGCUUAUGACGUCAUUACAGAGGUAGCAUAUGCCACCUAAAUAAUGUCAGGCUGUCAUUUAAAUUAUUUAAGAAGGCUUCAGGUCGUUUGCUUCAGAAAUCUCCGAUAAAUUCCGCAAAUAUUCAAAAUGAAUAUUACUGCCCCCUUCUGCCAGACUUCGCUGUAUUUUUGUUUCUUUUAUACAUUCAAUCCCAUAUACCUUUAGACUGAGUAUGGAAUACUUGGGCAACAUAAUGCUCCCACACGAACUCCAGAAAGUCGCUGUUAUUUUCGCCUCAUCCGCUAUUUUCUGGCUAAUCGAUACCAUUCUGAGGAUUUCUAAAGGGGGAACUACAAACCAGAGGGGUUCUGUACUUUCAAUUUUUUCUGAGGACUGGGAGUGGAGGAAUACAUGGCUUUCACUCAUCCACGCCCUGACAACUAGCGUUUUGGCUUCUAUCAUGUAAUUCACGAUAUUUACCUCUAAAUUGCCUUUCAAGAAUUUACCGUUCAGAAGACUACAUUGGAAAUCUGAUUGGGCCGAAAGACGCUGCAUCAGUACUGCUUGUUUGCUUUUCCCUCGGUAAACUUACACGGAUAUCAAAUUAACCUCUUGUCUUCACAGGAUAUUUUCUUCAUGAUAUUAGCCACAUCAUUCGUGGACCCCCCCGAAGACACUCCGUAGAAUUUGUGUUGCACCAUGUUUUGGUACCCUUCGCUUGACGUAAAUGACUCUUUACAGAUUAUACCUUGUUUCGGGUCAGCAAUUGUUUUGGAGCGGUACGUUGGCUAUGCGAUUGUAUCUCUUCUCGUGGAAAUAAAUUCAGUCUUCCUUCACAUUCGAAGGUUGUUACUCUCGCUUACAGUCAGCCGGGAAUCCCUUAUAUUCGCAAUCAAUUCAUCACUUAAUUUCAGUACGUCAGCCUUGGUAUUUCUUUUCCUUACCUCCAGCCUUUAAUCUAAUGUUGUCUCGUGCCUUCUAUAGUUUUCCAUGACAGAUUUCGAGUUUUAAACUUCUUCUGAUCACUGUCUCAUCCACAAACCUAAUAAUGCUGCAAAAAGUUUGGUAGUCGAUCCGUGGAUGGUGAUUAAAUUAUCUUUGAUUGACAUUGUUUCGAGUUAGAUAAAAUCCUGUUCGAUCCCUGUUAGCGUUUUACUGAUCGGAUAGAGAAAUAGUCGUAACUUUGUGUCACAUGCCUAUUAUGUUCAUUAGCCAGAUACUUUUUUUAUUUGAGCAUGUAUUCGGGCUACUUUGAACAAACUACAAGUGCCGACUAAAUAAACAAAAUUGUAAAUAACUAGUUUUCAUUCGUCGGUAACUCAGAAGUCAAGGCAGUCUUAUUUAAAUGGGCGUAAGAAGUGAAAGGCUGACCGUCCAACCACACUAAGUGAUGCAUUCAAAGACUGAGCGCGCAUUUUACUGAGCGUCACUGACAUUCUUGAAGUCGUUAACUGUCCCCUUGCCCCAUUAAAGACCCGAAUUUUGGAGAGGCUUGAGACAAUCAACCUUCGCCAAUUGACGAGGUCAAAAUCACCGUCACAGUAAAAAACGCAUAGAGCCCUUUGUCGACUCUGGCGUAUUUGCUGGCAGGGCAAAUACGUCGGAGAAGCAGACUGAUUAUUCUAGACUUGAACGGACGCCCGUUCAUCAAAAACGAAGAGGCAUGAUGCCAACUCAUUAGUAACAGCUGAAGCUUAGAGACUGAACUCUACGCGAGAGGUAACAACCACAUACAUCGCGAGAUGCUUGAGUCGCGGUUCUCAGGCCAGCAACAAUCGCAACGGCUUUGCUAUUUAGGGUCAAGACGUUUUCUGGGCAGACUCAUUAGCCAUGCAGGGAGCGCACGGAUGGAGACCACUUCCGAGGCAAUCUUGAACACAUAUGAGAAUGAUUCAUAAUUAUCACAUGAAGUACUGACAUCUGCGACGCAUAUGAUAGGUGUAUGACUACAUGAAAACUGUGUCCUAUAAACACUUCAUCACCUGAGUUUUCCCUACCUCCACCUGUUGCUGGUUCCGAUAAUGGGUUUGGGAAUGAGUCGGAGAUGAUCUGCUCUCUGUUUCGGCUAUCUAUUUCCCUUCUCGGUGAAAUGCAUGUUUGACACCUGGUCACAUGAUGACCGUCUUCGAAGUAGUGCGACACCGAUACCGGCAACAAGGGUCUUACAAGUACUCGGUUGCGGCUCAGCCCACAUACUAUCAAUACUAUCAAUGAAUUCCAUCACUGUUACCAGCGGUGUACUCACGUCUGUUUCUUGAUGUUCCUUUUGAUUUCCUGUGUUUGAGUAUGAUGCUUGAAUGCGCGCUGCCGAAUUUACUCUGACUUAUGCAUGCCUGCUAUCACAGAGUAAGAAUCAGGGUCUGUGUUAACUGUGAGGAGAGAUUUCUUUGAUGCCGCCUCCAGAGUUCGUCAGGCCAGUGUUCUGUCAGUAUGAACACACGUAUUAAAUUCGGUCAUAUUUCCUCUCUCCCGGAUUUCAACCACACUUGUAGCGUUGCGUUGCGUUGCUGACCAGCUUCGUCGAAAACACGCAGCGCGCGAAGGCAGUCUAAGUGCGUCCGAAAAUAAACUUCAUGACAGACAUGAUAGUUGGGGUGGAGGCGGGUUUGGUAAUCAGUCUUAUCUGUCCUGUAACGGCACCUCCUGCCAUCUUAAGCCGAAAUUCGUACCUAACAAGCAAAGUGGAAAUAAAACCACUUAUCAAACCAUGUAGGUACAUGCAGCCUCCGUCAAGCUCGACUGAAAAUUCUGGAAUUGGCACGAGGUUAUUUAGAAGACCAAGCAUGUGGUACAUGAGAUCUCCAUUGAAAAGUCUGUCUGUACGAAUGCGAGGCAUGAGUUGGGCGGCCGAACGCCCAUUGUCUGGUAGUAUUCGGCCCAUGGUAUUUGGGCUUAAUUCUCCGAAUUCCUCUAUUCGGCUACGUCUUCAGCGAAAGGUUAUGUAGCAGUUAAAGAGCUCGACUCAGCACCCACCCACUGGCAGGGGUGAUUCGCUUGUUGUGCCCUGCAAUGCGAAAUCGUCCUCAAUGUUAUCGUGCCUAGGGUCGGCUCUGAUUGACAAAAACCUCAAGGUGGCCAACUGAAAGUCCAUGUGGCUCGCAUACCAAUCGUCUCUGGCCCUGCAGUCUGCGGUGUUCGAAUGUUAAUCUGCUGCCGACUGGCUGCAUUGGGAGGCCUUACUCGUGAUGCGCGGAGUGUUCAAUAUGAAGUCAAUUCAAUCAUCCGCGAUAGAUGUCGUCAUGGUCACAAAGUGCACUCCUAUUCAAGAGUUACCGGUGAAUCCCUUCAUAUUUGCAGAUGCGAUGACAUCGAAAUGUCUGUAUGUUUAGGACUGAAGGUAAAAAACUUUUAUCACAGCUUAAGUGUGAACGGCAAUUUCGUAAAUGCUUCUCCUGUUCAUCUAGCUUCCUUCCUCACGUUUCGGCUGGGGACACUCAUAUGGAUGGCCUGGUGGUUGUAUUCGAACCGGGACCAAAUUCCAUCCUGGUUAACGGCGAUCGGGACCGUAGGCCUUUCGACCAUCAUUCCUCUCAAUUUUGGUCUCUUGUACCACCUUGUCAACUCUGACUACCUCUCAAAGUUACCGAGAGCCACCACCAAUUAA